UGGCCAUCACCGAGCGGCGUGGAAGCUGCGCUAGCUUUCGCCUUCUUUCGCGGCGGCAUUGCGAUCGAUCGACGCGUUGGUAAGGUGACAGAGUGCGGGAAAUGCGGAGGGUGACGCGCUGCAGGCACCAUGAAGCUAGAGGGGCCAGGGGUGCCGUAGGGCUGAACCAGCGCUUUCCGCGUCAUGCCCCACCCUCACCCUCUGCCCACCGUCCAGACGAUGGACGACGACGAUGCUGCAUACAAUCCCUUCUCGAGCAGUCACGUGUGGAAGCAGACUGCAGGUAGUGGAGACGUGGGCACAUACGAGUCGUCGCUCUUCGCUCCCUUGGAGCUAGACACGAGCUCCAUAGCAUUCACCCAUCCGUGUGCGCCAAGACAUGACCUCGGCCGCGAGCUUCGACUGCCCGACUUGGACACGUUUGACUUCGGCCCUCUGCCCGAACUCGAUAGCCUCGACGAGUCCAGCAUCUCCGUCGACAGCCCAGCCCUCGAACCAGAGGAGGACGUCUGGGAGAUUGCCCUCGAGCUAGGACCGGCGAAUAAGGAUGUACUGUUCUGCACUUGGGAAAGCUUCGAGAGGGGCGAGCACAUGGAGAGUCGCACGCCCUACAUCACCGAACGUGGUCCUGAGGCAUACGAUGCUGCGCUCGCACGCGAUGAUGGCAAGACGCCCGCCGGAAGGGUACUCAAGGCGAAUGUUCUCCUCCAGUCGCUUUGGAACCUCGGCCUUGGCCGCUCCUCCAUUCUCUUCCACUUCAACGGCAAGCUGAAGAGCUUCGAGCCUACCAUCCUCAAUGGGCGUGCCUCAGGGACCAGUCUGUCUGCCGCACAGAGCUUGAUCAGCCGCUUCGGUCAUAUCGGGAACACCUUCCUGUACCUCAGAGCAUUUGUCGAGCGUACAUUCGCCUCGGCCAACUCCAUACCAGCACGAGUCGCCCUUGCUACAUCGGUAUCGAGCAUUCUUGGGACGCUGGAGAGCCAUUUGGGUAGUCGGUCAGGCAACAUUGCAUCACUGCUUGAGCUGCAACGACUGUUCACAAGGCCUCGCGAAAUCCUUACGCACGUCGCACGAAUGACAGACUCUGUCAAGCACGCAAAGACCAACGAGCAGCUGGCAUCCAUCCUCCAUCACCGCAUACUCGAGAACGAAGAGAGCGAUGGAUACCUCAGGCAGAUCUCAGACAAGGUUUUGAGCUGUGUUGCUGCACCUAGCCUGCAAUUGAUGGGCGAGUGGAUCGGGAUCAGACAAGAGCAAGGCCCUUUACAGAUACACGAGAGAGGCAGCUUCGUGGCAGUCGAGGACGACACGCCCGAACAGGGUCCCCUGGAGUACGUCUACCGAUCUGAAAUGAUGCCAAGAUUCAUCACUCCGGGGGACGGUAAUCUCAUCUUCGACACAGGUAACAGUUUGCGCUUCCUGAAGACGCAGCACCUGGAUCAUCCAUUGUCAAACUUGGACAAGUUCGAUGUACAGGCUCCGGAACUGGAAUGGAGCUUUGCGUGGCAAGACAUCGAAUCCAUUGCAACAAAGGCCAAGGAGUACGAAGAAGCGCUUCGCUCAACUAUUCUCGGCCUUAGCCAAGGUGAAGAGGUCGUGAGGCCGAGGUCCUCUCGCCGCUUUCAUGCAGAGGCAGACAGCCGAGCGGAUCAGCAUAGUUCCAACCUUGAGAACUUCUUCGAGCAGUCCAUCAAGGAGUUGAACGCGCAGCCUGGACAGUCUCAGAAGGGACUGCCAGACGAGCUACACGUCCUACUCGAUGACAUACUUGCCUACAGGACGGAGACCGUCUCCAACACAUUCGCUCCACCACUUUCCAUUACAUCUGCGCUCUCUUUCCGCCCACUUAUUACCGCUCAGGCGAAACUUGUUAACGCAGCGACCCUUCGCUUGUUCUUCCGGGCUCAUCAGCUACGACAUCAUCUAUCAUUACAACGCCAAUACCACCUCCUCGGUGACGGUGUAUUCUCGUCUCUCCUCGCCUCCGCUCUCUUCGAUCCCGAACGCGAAAGUGCGGAACGUCACAAGGGCAAGAUGCGUAGUGGUGUGCACAUGGGUCUGCAGCUUGGUUCACGCACCGCCUGGCCUCCAGCAAGUUCUGAGCUGCGUCUCGCUCUCCGUGGUGUGCUCAGCGAAAGCUACUACUCGUCUGCGCUCUACCUUUCCAGCGCUGCCGCAAAUCCAGCCUCCUCGAACACCACCACGAUAACCGGCAGGGAUACCGACUCACUCCCUGGACAGCUCAAUUUCGCGAUCCGCAACCUUACUGAAGCGGAACAAACUCUCGUCAUGGAUCCUUUUGCCCUUCCAGCCCUCGACUUCCUGCGUCUGCAGUAUGUGCCCCCACCGCCUCUGCACCUCGUCAUCACAACCACAUCUCUCGAAAAGUACGACACAAUAUUCAGAUCGCUGCUCCGCCUGUCUCGAACCCUUUUCGUGGUCUCCCAUCUCCCACGUCAGUACGCGGACCCCACAGCCCGCAAAUUCAGAAAUGAAGCGCAUCACUUCGUGACCACAUACACGAACUACGUGUUCCAAAGUGGUAUCGCUGAGCAUUGGAACGAGUUUGAUGGGUUUGUGUCUACUCUCGAGAAGAGGCUUGACGAGGAAGACGAGGCAGGUGAACUGGGCACAAGAGUUACCGAGCGUAUUUCCACGUUGAGAGAUGCACAUGAGAAGUGCUUGGAUAGUAUUAUGUUCUCUUUGCUUCUUCGGCGCAGACAACGCAAGGUCGUUGCGCUGGUGGACGAGAUCUUCGAGUUUGUGCUGGCGUUUGCGAAGCUACAAAGAGGUGAAGUGAAGGAAGAGCAGGAGGAGGAUGAAGGAAGCGCAACGGUGGAGGAGCUGUAUGCGAAGCUCAGGGGCAAAAUAAGGGUGUUUUUGAGUGUCUGCAGGGGACUGACGGGGAAGAAGGGCUACGGGCGGAAGGGCACGACUGAGGAGAAUAGUAUUGAGAGGUUAGUGGUUGCGAUGGAGAUGAACGGGUAUUUCGCUGGUUCAUGAUAAGAGAUGGUCUGGAACACACAUCGUAACUUCGUCGAUACUAAUACCGUCCACGCCUGGUGACACCGCAGUCCAAACAUAGAUACUCCCCUCGCCCUCCGAGCACACCUGUGCCUACUAAGUCUGUCGA